CCCAGAUACUUCUUAAUGAGGAACCCGUAGUUGAAUAUCGUCCAUCUUUUAUGGAAGGAUUAGAACUUGAUGCCUUCUUCCGAAGUAAUCGAAUUGCAUUAGAGGUGCAAGGAGCUCAGCAUCGGCUCCAUAACACUAGCUGGUAUAAAGAUGUCAAAAAACUCGAGGAUAUUGUUAACCGUGAUCGAAAGAAAAGAACCCUUUGUCAACUUAAUGGGAUUUAUCUUCUUGAAGUAUGGUAUGAUGAAAAUCCAGAAGUCACUAUUCCUAAGAAAAUAUAUAAAUUUAGAGAGUUUAUUGAUAGAAAAAUCUUUAAUCUUGAUUAA